AUGGUCGAAGACUGCACCUGGUUGUAUAUUAAAAAACAUCACAAGCUUCUACGUUCUCUAUUCUCCACAGCAGAAAAAGGCCUCCCAUCAUCCUGCGUUGGUUGUGGGCUUCAGAUCCGUGAUCGCUUCGUGUUGAGUGUGUUUCCUGACCUGCGUUGGCACGUAGCAUGUCUGAAGUGUGUGGAGUGUCAGCAAAACCUGGACGAGUCUCACACCUGCUUCAUUAAAGAUGGAAAGACCCUGUGUAAAGAUGAUUAUAUCAGAUUAUACACCACCAAAUGUGCAAAAUGUCUGAAGUCCUUCAGCAGUUGCGAUUACGUCAUGCGUGCAGGAGUUAAAGUCUAUCACGUGCACUGUUUCCGGUGUGAACAUUGCGAUCGGCAGCUGCUGCCCGGAGAUGAGUUCACCAUCCGAGACGGCUUCCUGCAAUGCACUACUCAUGAAAACUCCAAUCAUAGACUUGUAACACUUACACCUGACUCAGAACAUGUCACAGACCUGGGUCGAUGUGAUAAAGGAGCAGUCACUUCCCAGUCAGGCAGAGAAGGUGACUCUGGUUGGCCAGUUGCACCCAUCAAGCCUGAGAAGACUGCACGUGUGAGGACAGCACUCAGCCAGUCUCAGCUCCAUGUCCUGCGCACAUGCUACAAUGCUAACCCGCGACCAGACGCUACGGUGAAGGAGCAGCUGAUGGAGCUGACGGGCUUGAGCUCGCGUGUCAUCCGUGUCUGGUUCCAGAACAAACGAUGCAAAGACAAGAAGAAGAGCAUGCUGGAGAGACAGAUGCUGCAUGAGAGUAGAGAACAGAUUGAUAUUACGGAUGAGCCUCUGAUGGCUGUCACUCCUGAGAUCCUGGACUUGGACACACUGAUGCACCCACUGGACCUGCAGAGUCUCCAGACAUCUUGUAAGCUCCUGACAUGUCUCUUGCAUUCAGACAGCAACCACACACCCGAUCAGGGACCAGUGACACUCAACCAGCGAGAUCAGUCCUAA